GUUUUAACCAUGGAAGGGACGAAACCAGCGCCUGAGUCCACCGCGGAGGAGAGCCAGGAAGAGGGCCAGGAGAGCAGAGGAUGCUUCGAGUGCUGCAUCAAGUGUCUGGGCGGCGUGCCCUACGCCUCGCUGGUGGCCACCAUCUUGUGCUUCUCCGGCGUGGCGCUGUUCUGCGGCUGCGGUCACGUGGCUCUGACGGGCACCCUGACCAUGUUGGAGAACCACUUCUCCAAGAAAACCACGGACCACGCCACCCUGGCCCUGGUGAUCCAGAUCUUUCAGUAUAUCAUCUAUGGGAUCGCCUCAUUCUUCUUUGUGUACGCCAUCGUGCUGCUGGCUGAGGGCUUCUACACCACCAGCGCCAUCAAGAAGGAGCUGCAGAGCGACUUCAAGACCACUGCCUGCGGACGCUGCAUCACCGCCUUUUUCAUGUUCCUGACCUAUAUCCUGGCGCUGAUCUUCCUCGCCAUCUUCGGCUUCACGGCGAUCCCCGUCUUCCUCUUUUUCAACAUGUGGACCACCUGCUCCGCCAUGAAGUCCCCCCUGGCCAACAUCACCGCCCCCGACUCCAUCUGCAUGGAUGUCCGGCAGUAUGGUAUCAUUCCUUGGAACGCCACACCGGGAAAAGCCUGCGGAGCGGCUCUGGGAGAGAUCUGUGACACCAGCGAAUUCUACCUGUCUUACCAUCUCUACAUCGUGGCGUUCGCUGGUGCCGGAGCUACGCUCAUCGCCUUGAUCCACUACCUUAUGAUCCUGGGGGCCAACUGGGCCUACCUGAAGUCGGCCGUCACCACGCACGACUACCAGGACAUCAAGACCAAGGACGACCAAGACGUGGAGGCGGAGGCCCGUGCGAAGGACGGCCAAAACUCCUCCUCCUACUCAUAA